GUCUUACAUGCCGCUAGCUCUCGCAACAAACGCGCUUUGCUGCCGGCCUCUCUCCGCAUCCUGUGUUUGUUUUCGACUCCUCUUUUGGCUGCUGUUGGAUCGCUGCAUAAUGCCAGCACUCAUGCUGCGCUCGCUGGCUCUCACAAUGGUUUGCUCUCAGACCACAGCCUGGGUCCGCGCGCCCACGCUGCGACCACCGUCGUCGCGCAACGGUUUCUUAGAUGACGCGUUGGACAACGUCAAGUCCGGCCUGGCCAAGAUGUCGCAGACGGCGACGGUCCAGCACGUGCUCGUGCCGAGCCGGACGACGGCGCUCAAGCUGCAGCGCGAGUGCUGGCCCAGUGUUUUGAAAUGAAGCGCCACGCCAUCGACGCGACGGGUCCGUCCAUCACGCAGGGCGGAGGAGGAGGGCGUGAGCCCCGAGGUCAUCGGCCGCCUCGCGCAGCAGUACUCGACGUGCGGCUCCGCCCAGAAGACGCCCGACGCCUCGUUCAAGAUGCUGCGCGGUCGGCCGGGCGAGCUGACCUUCAAGCGCGGCGAGAUGGCCAAGGAGUUCGAGGACGUCUCUUUUACGGCGCCCGUCGGCAGUUUACAAGUCGUCGACACGCAGUUCGGGUCGCAUUUGAUUUACAUCAACGCGCGCGACGACGCGGACCCGAAGGUUGGAAGGGGGAAGAAAUCCAAAAAGCAGAAGGGCUUCGGCGUGCGGGGCGGCUUCGUUGCGCCGACGCGGACGAGGCCGUCUUCACGUCUCGCCGCCUCGAAACUACCCCCGCUCGUCGAGAAGCUGCAGUUGUUAGUACCGUUGGGCUUCGUCGCGCAGAUCAGUUUUCUGGUUGCGUCAAAUCAAAUCUCGGGGCCCGAGAAUUUGGAGGAGUACGGCCGCAUCGGCACGGAGUACCUGAAGACGAACACCGACUUUUCGGGCCCGCGCGGCGAGGUCAUGCGCAUCCAAUCGGAGGCCCAGCAGAUCUGGUGGAACAACGUGCUCCGGGACCUCGAGGCGGGCCGGCCGGUCAAGCCGCCCAUCACUUCCCCUUACCCGAAAUACGAGCUGUUCAAGGGGGGGAGUUAAGUUUUGUGGCUCA